AUAAAUUUCAUCAUGAAGUAUUAGUCCUAAAGGCUCCCAAAAGCUGUGGCUACCACUUGAUGAAGAAACCUCAUGGGAUCCUCUUUGAAUCCCCCUACCAGGCUUGCCAUGUCCAGACUGUGAAUCAUUACUACACACUGACUGUCCUCUACAAGCCCACUCCUGGUCCCCAGAUAGUGGUGAACAUGAAGUGCCCCAGGAGCUACCUCCCAAUACCCCACUCUACAGCUAUAAAGCCCUCUACACCCAGGCCACCUCGCAUAGCUUGCAGAGCAUCCAGCAUGUCCAUAGAGCUUUCCAGUCACUUGCUGGAUGAGGUUAAAGUACUGGAUAAAGCUCACCAUCCAGUUGUGAUCAUGAAUGCUCCUAAAGAAUGCCAGUACCACUUAGAGAAGAAGGGCAAGACUAUUGUCUUCACUGCAGGUUAUAGGAGCUGUCAUGUGCGUUCUGAGAAUUCCAAUUAUGUACUUGUUGUCCUCUACACACCUGAGAAUGGUGGACAAGAGAGGGUAACCAUGAAAUGCCCAAUACAUUCUGUGCCCACAUCCUCCCCUGCCACCAGCAGAGCACCAGUGCUGUACAGUACCACCUGUGAAGCCUCUGGCAUGACUCUGAUGCUACCUGGUGGAUCAUUUAAUCAGAUAAAACUAAUUGAUAAAUCCAAUAGGAUGGUGCCAGUCAUGGAUCUUCCCAGAGACUGUGGAUAUUCUUUGCUGAAGGCAGGCGGGCAUCUACUACUUACUGUUGGAUACAAGGCCUGUGACAUCAGAAUACAGGAUCACCAUUACACUUUGACUGUCAUCUACCGGAGUGCUACAGGGGAUCAGAGAAUCCAUAUGAAAUGCCCUGUACAGCAGGCUUCUACAGUCCUCCCUACACUGCCUACUGUUCAUCCUCAUCCUACUUGUACAGCUUCUGGCAUGACUGUAGUUUUGCCUUCUGGAUCGUUGGAUCAGGUCAAAAUUAUUGAUCAAUUGGGACAUGAGACUGCUGUGUCCAAGGCUCCCAAACAUUGUGGCUACAAGUUGGUCAAAGGAAAAGGAACCAUAACUUUCUCUGCCUCCUACAGAGCCUGUGGUAUCAAGGUUGAGAAUCACCACUAUGUCCUGCACCUGAGCUACAAACCGGCUAUUGGGAAUGCAAUGACUGUGACCUUGAGCUGCCCAGUUGGUGAGGAUCCCCUCAAAACCACAACUCCUGCAACUAGCACAAGGAGGCCUUUGCACACAGAGUGCAUGACUUCAAGCAUGGCUGUGGUCUUGCCAGUGAGCUCUCCAAAUGAUGUCUAUGUUGUUGAUGGAAGUGGGCAUGAUGUGCAUGUCUUCUCUGCUCCCAAAACCUGUGGUUAUGCCUUGGAAGAAAAGGGGGAGAUGUUGGUCUUGACAGCCCCUUAUAAAGCCUGUCAUGUUGCAGUUCAGCAUGGCCAUUAUGUACUUGAGGUGCGGUACAAAUCAGGAAGGGAGAAGGCUCAUUCUUUGAUCAUGAAAUGCCCAGUCCCAAGGGUAACACCUCCUACUGUGGCAUCUUCAACCCAUGCUCCACCUGUUGUGUCCUGUAAACCUGCAAGCAUGAGCGUUGUGCUACCUGUGGAGUUCCCAGAACAAGUAACCAUCGUUGGGCUACAUGGUGAGGAGACUGGGCUGAGCUUUGCCCCCAAACAGUGUGGCUAUACAGUAGUAAAAUCCAUGCGGAAGAUCUCCUUGACUGCUCUGUAUACGUCCUGUGGAGUUCACAAAGUGGAGAACUUCUUUGUGCUGAACCUUCGCUACUACCCAACUGUUGGCCGCCCAGUAGCUGUAGAGAUGAAAUGCCCGGCUAUCCAUGUGGACCCCAUACCUUCUAGACCUUCACCUACAGUGUCUGCUGAUCCCAGGGUUGUGUGUCAACAUGACAGCAUGAGUGUAGAGCUGCCAAAUGGGAAACUGGAGGACAUCAAGUUGAUGGACAAAUCUCACCACAUAGUGGUGGUCCUGCAUGCUCCCAAAGAAUGCCAGUACCACUUGGUGAAGAGGAGCAAAAGUAUUGUCUUCACAGCAGGCUAUAGGAGCUGUCAUGUGCAUACUGAGAGUUCCAAUUAUGUUCUUGUUGUCUUCUACACUCCGGCUAAUGGUGUACAAAAAAGGGUAACCAUGAAAUGCCCCAGACAUGCUGUGCUCACAUCCUCCCCUGCCACAAGCAGACCACCAGUGUUGUACAGUACCACCUGUGAAGCCUCUGGCAUGACUCUGAUGCUACCUAGUGGAUCACUUAAUCAAAUAAAACUAAUAGAUAAAUCCAAUAGGAUGGUGCCAGUCAUGGAUCUUCCCAGAGACUGUGGAUAUUCUUUGCUGAAGGCAGGCGGGCAUCUACUUCUUACUGUUGGAUACAAGGCCUGUGACAUCAGAAUACAGGAUCACCAUUACACUUUGACUGUCAUCUACCGGAGUGCUACAGGGGAUCGGAGAGUCCAUAUGAAAUGCCCUGUACAGCAGGCUUCUACAGUCCUCCCUACACUGCCUACUGUUCAUCCUCAUCCUACUUGUACGGCUUCUGGCAUGACUGUAGUUUUGCCUUCUGGAUCGUUGGAUCAGGUCAAAAUUAUUGAUCAAUUGGGACAUGAAACUGCUGUAUCCAAGGCUCCCAAACAUUGUGGCUACAAGUUGGUCAAAGGAAAAGGAACCAUAACUUUCUCUGCCUCCUACAGAGCCUGUGGUAUCAAGGUUGAGAAUCACCACUAUGUCCUGCACCUGAGCUACAAACCAGCUAUUGGGAAUGCAAUGACUGUGACCUUGAGCUGCCCAGUUGGUGAGGAUCCCCUCAAAACCACAACUCCUGUAACCAGCACAAGGAGGCCUUUGCACACAGCAUGCAUGACUUCAAGCAUGGCUGUGGUCUUGCCAGUGAGCUCUCCAAAUGAUGUCUAUGUUGUUGAUGGAAGUGGGCAUGAUGUGCGUGUCAUCUCUGCUCCCAAAACCUGUGGUUAUGCCUUGGAAGAAAAGGGGGAGAUGUUGGUCUUGACAGCCCCUUAUAAAGCCUGUCAUGUUGCAGUUCAGCAUGGCCAUUAUGUACUUGAGGUGCGGUACAAAUCAGGAAGGGAGAAGGCUCAUUCUUUGACCAUGAAAUGCCCAGUCCCAAGGGUACCACCGCCUACUGUGGUCUCUUCAACCCAUUCUCCACCUGUUGUGUCCUGUCAUCCCUCAAGCAUGACUGUUGUGCUACCUGUGGCGUUCUCAGAACAAGUAACUAUCCUUGGGCUGCAUGGUGAGGAAAAGGGGCUGAGUUUUGCCCCCAAAGAGUGCGGCUAUACGGUUGUAAAAUCUAUGGGGAAGAUCUCCUUGACUGUUCUGUUUACAUCCUGUGGAGUUCACAAAGUGGAAAAAUUCUUUGUGCUGAAUCUUCGCUACUACCCAACUGUUGGUCACCCAGUUUCUGUGCAGAUGAAAUGCCCAGCUAUUCAUGUUCACCCAACACCUUCUAGACCUUCCCCUACAGUAUCUGCUGAUCCCAGGGUUGUGUGUCAACAUGACAGCAUGAGUGUAGAGCUGCCAAAUGGGAAACUGGAGGACAUCAAGUUGAUGGAUGAAGCUCACCAACUAGUGGUGGUCUUGCAUGCACCCAAAGAAUGCCAGUACCACUUGGUGAAGAGGAGCAAGAGUAUUGUCUUCACGGCAGGCUAUAGGAGCUGUCAUGUGCAUACUGAGAGAUCCAAUUAUGUUCUUGUUGUCUUCUACACUCCGGAGAAUGGCUUACAGAAAAGGGUAACCAUGAAAUGCCCCAUACAUGCUGUGGCCACAUCCCCUCCUGCCACCAGCAGACCACCAGUGCUGUACAGUACCACCUGUAAAGCCUCUGGCAUGACUCUGAUGCUACCUGGUGGAUCACUUAAUCAAAUAAAACUCAUUGAUAAAUCCAAUAGGAUGGUGCCAGUCAUGGAUCUGCCCAGAGACUGUGGAUAUUCUUUGCUGAAGGCAGGCGGGCAUCUACUUCUUACUGUUGGAUACAAGGCCUGUGACAUCAGAAUACAGGAUCACCAUUACACUUUGACUGUCAUCUACUGGAGUGCUACAGGGGAUCGGAGAAUCCAUAUGAAAUGCCCUGUACAGCAGGCUUCUACAGUCCUCCCUACACUGCCUACUGUCCAUCCUCAUCCUACUUGUACAGCUUCUGGCAUGACUGUAGUUUUGCCUUAUGGAUCACUGGAUGAAGUUAAAAUUAUUGAUCAACUGGGGCAAGUAAUUGUCAUAUCCAAAGCUCCAAAACAUUGUGGAUACAAGUUGGUCAAAGGAAAAGGAACCAUAACUUUCUCUGCCUCCUACAGAGCCUGUGGUAUCAAGGUUGAGAAUCACCACUAUGUCCUGCACCUGAGCUACAAACCGGCUAUUGGGAAUGCAAUGACUGUGACCUUGAGCUGCCCAGUUGGUGAGGAUCCCCUCAAAACCACAACUCCUGCAACCAGCACAAGGAGGCCUUCUCACACAGAGUGCAUGGCUACAAGCAUGGCUGUGGUCUUGCCAGUGAGAUCUCCAAAUGAUGUCUACAUUGUUGAUGGAAGUGGACAUGAUGUGCGUGUCAUCUCGACUCCCAAAACCUGUGGUUAUGCCUUGGAAGAGAAGGAGGAGAUGUUGGUCUUGAUGGCCCCUUAUAAAGCCUGUCAUGUUACAGUUCAGCAUGGCCAUUAUGUACUUGAGGUGCGGUACAAAUCAGGAAGGGAGAAGCCUCAUUCUUUGACCAUGAAAUGCCCAGUCCCAAGGGUACCACCGCCUACUGUGACCUCUUCAACCCAUUCUCCACCUAUUGUGUCCUGUAAACCCUCAAGCAUGACUGUUGUGCUACCUGUGGAGUUCCCAGAACAAGUCACAAUCCUUGGGCUGCAUGGAGAGGAGAAGGUGCUGAGCUUUGCCCCCAAAGAGUGUGGCUAUACAGUGGUAAAAUCCAUGAGGAAGAUCUCCUUUACUGCUCUGUUUACAUCCUGUGGAGUUCACAAAGUGGAGAAAUUCUUUGUGCUGAAUCUUCGCUUUUACCCAACUGUUGGCAGCCCAGUUGCUAUGCAGAUGAAAUGCCCAGCUAUCCAUGUGCACCCAACAUCUCCUAGACCUUCCCCUACAGUGUCUGCUGAUCCCAGGGUUGUGUGUCAACAUGACAGCAUGAGUGUAGAGCUGCCAAAUGGGAAACUGGAGGACAUCCAGUUGAUGGACAAAGCUCACCACCUAGUGGUGGUCCUGCAUGCUCCCGAAGAAUGCCAGUACCAUUUGGUGAAGAGGGGCAAGAGUAUUGUCUUCACGGCAGGCUAUAGGAGCUGUCAUGUGCAUACUGAGAGUUCCAAUUAUGUUCUUGUUGUCCUCUACACACCUGAGAAUGGCUUACAAAAAAGAGUAACCAUGAAAUGCCCAAUACAUUCUGUGCCCACAUCUUCCCCUGCCACAAGCAGACCACCAGUGCUGUAUACCACCACCUGUGAAGCCUCUGGCAUGACCCUGAGACUACCUGGUGGUUCCCUUGAUCAAGUCAACAUAAUGGAUAAAUCCAACAGGAUGGUGACUGUGGUUGAGCUUCCCAAAGACUGUGGAUAUUCUUUGCUGGAGACUGAUGGGCAUCUAUGGUUCACUGUUGGAUAUAAAGCCUGUGAUGUUCAAAUGCAGGAUAACAAUUACACUUUGACUGUCAUCUACCUGAGUGCCACAGGAGAUCGAAUAGUGCAUAUGAGAUGCCCUGUACAGCAGGCUUCUACAGUCCUCCCUACAAUGCCUACUGUCCAUCCUCAUCCUGUUUGUACAGCUUCUGGCAUGACUGUAAUUUUGCCUUAUGGAUCACUGGAUCAGAUCAAAAUUAUUGAUCAACUGGGGCAAGAAAUUGAUGUGUCCAAAGCUCCCAAACAUUGUGGCUACAAGUUGGUCAAAGGAAAAGGAACGGUGACUUUCUCUGCCUCCUACGGAGCAUGUGGUAUCAAGGUUGAGAAUCGCCACUAUAUCCUGCACCUGAGAUAUAAACCGGCUAUUGGAAAUGUAAGGACUGUGACCCUGAGCUGUCCAGUUGGCGGGCAUCCCCUCAAAACUACAACUCCUGCAACCAGCACAAGAAAGCCCUCUCACACAGAGUGCAGGAGUUCAAGCAUGGCUGUGGUCUUGCCAGGAGGAUCUCCAAAUGAUGUCUAUAUUGUUGAUGGAAGAGGGCAAGAUGUGCAUGUGAUCUCUGCUCCCAAAACCUGCGGUUAUGAAUUGGAAGAGGAGGAUGAAAUGUUGGUCUUGACUGCCCUUUAUAAAGCCUGUCAUGUUGUAAUUCAGCAUGGCCAUUAUGUACUUGAGGUGCGGUACAAAUCUGGAAGGGAGAAGAGUCAUUCUUUGACCAUGAAAUGCCCAGUCCCAAGGAUACCACCUCCUACUCUUGCAACUCCCACCCAUUCUCCAUCUAUUGUGUCCUGUCGGCCCUCAAGCAUGAGUGUUGUGCUACCUGUGGAGUUCCCAGAACAAGUUACCAUCCUUGGGCUGCAUGGUGAGGAGAAGGGGCUGAGUUUUGCCCCCACAGAGUGUGGCUAUACAGUGGUAAACUCCAUGGGGAAGAUCACCUUGACUGUUCUGUAUACGUCCUGUGGCGUUCACAAAGAGGAGAACUUCUUCGUACUGAAUCUUCACUACUACCCAACUGUUGGCCUUCCAGUAGCUGUGCAGAUGAAAUGCCCAGUUAUCCAUGUACACCCAACACCUCCUAGACCUUCACCUCCAGUGUUUGGUGAUCCCAGGGUUGUGUGUCAACUUGACAGCAUGAGUGUGGAGCUGCCCUAUGGAAAGAUGGAGGACCUCAAGUUGAAGGAUAAAAUGGGAAAGAUGGUGCCAGUUUACCUGACCUCAAAGAGAUGUGGUUACCGCAUAGUAAAAGCAGAAACAAUUUCUUUGUUGAUCCCCUAUAAAGCUUGUGAUGUGAAGAUUAUGGACCACCACUAUAGUCUACUAGUGGCUUACACACCAAACAAUGGAGUGCCAAGGCAGAUUACAGUCAAAUGCCCAGUUAUUGGAAAGCCACCAUCUCCUCUUGAAGCAGGGGUGUCUUGUCAUGAAGACUGCAUGAGUAUUGACCUUCCUACUGGGCCUUUGGAUCAAGUGAAAGUAGUGGACGAACAUCACAAUGCUGUUACCAUCAAGCAGUCCGUCCAAUGUGGCUACAAUCUGUCUUCAGGUGUGGGGAAGCUCCAUUUUUCAGCUUAUUACAAGGCUUGCCAUGUGAAGAUACAAAAUGGUCACCAUGUUCUGACAGUCCUCUAUACCACCUCUUUGGGAACACAUGGAGAGGUGCAGCUGAAGUGUCCUGUUCAUGACCUAGUCUUCCAUCAGGGGUGUGACUUGCCCAAGAAAAAGCAAGUCCAGUGUGGUCCAGCUGGCGUAGCCCCAAGUGUUUGCCGUUCUAAAGGUUGCUGUGCGGAUCCCCAAACAGCCCACUGCUUUUAUCCUAUGGACACAUGUACAGCUGAUGGGCACUUUGUGUUUGCUGUCUAUCGAACCUCCUCCAAACCAGACAUUGACCCUGGCAGCUUGUAUGUUUCUAAUCACUCGUGUGCACCGGUCAUCUGCACUCCAGACUUUGCUGUCUUCAAGAUUCCUCUGACUGGAUGCGGUACUCACAGAUUUGUGAUUGGGGAGACUUCUGUCUACUUGGCUGACGUGUUUGGGAAAAGGUACAAGAAUCAUCAAAUGUAUGGCCAAAUCCUGAGACAUGCUCCUUACCACUCCCAAAUUGAAUGCCGCUAUUCCAAAGGAACACAUGCCAGCACUGGCUACAUGGUGGUGAAUAGUCCUGCUUUACCAGAUGUUGUCUCUUCUGGAGCAUUGGGAGUAGUUCUGAGAAUUGCUAAAGAUGACGGCUACACCACAUUCUUUCAGGACACCCAGGUUCCCCUCAAGUUUUUGUUAGGAAGCAAGAUCUACCUGGAAGUGAAAAUAGUAAAUCCACCUACUCCAGAGGUGGUGCUGUUGGUGCACUACUGCAUUGCAUAUCCCAGGUCUUCAGAGAACGUCUGGGUGCUGAUGUACAAUGGCUGUCCAAAUGCCUUGGAUUAUGGCACUGGCCUUCAUCUGAAGGAUCACAAUCGGCAGCCUGUGCCAAAGCAUACCAGACGCUUUGAUGUAACAACAUUCCAGUUCAUGGAUGCCAAAGAGAAUCUUUUAGACGAGGAGAUUUACUUCAUGUGCUCAACAGAGAUUUGUUCACACAAAGAAUCGUGUGUUGAAGGCUGCUUUGAUGGAAGACAAAUGACCAUUCCUCAGUCAGAAUGGGAAAGGCUUUGUGCUGGUAAACCCUGUCCUAGGCAGCCUCGUGUGAAAAAAGCCAUAGCAGACCAUGGAAGCCUCCACUGGAGAGAUGAACCUUCCAGCCAAGAGAACUGAUCCAGAGUUCCUCAACUCUCCUGUCUAAUCUCUUGUGAAAUGGACUGAAUAAAAUGUACCCAAAUUUUAAUAAAAUGUAUACUUCAAACUG